AUGACGCUCGUCGUCGACGACUACCUCAUACAUGACGUCAUUAGUACUGGCAGGUCAGUGAACUUUGACCUGAACGAUGACGUUUACAUCGGCGGCGGUCCUCCCGACAUCAUGGCGUCACUCCCGCGUAUAAUUAGGUCAACUUCCGGUUUCCACGGCUGCAUGGAUGACGUCACGUUAGUGAAGAGGAAGAACUAUUCAGUAUCUUUGACUAGUGGUGGUGACCAUUUGCUUCGUAAACAUGAUGUCUAUGCCGGCUGCUCAGCUAUUAUCAUUAUAACUAUAAAAAAUGAUGAGGAUAAAGACGAUGCUACUGGCUACAAGACAGCAUUGAUGACAGACAGACAGACAGACGGACAGACAGACAGACUGACCGACCGACUGACUGCGAAUGAAUUCGCGCCAUCGGCACAGACGCAGACGACUUUGACGCGUUUAACAAGCCACUUGAUAAAUACUUAUCACGUGACCGAAGCACGUGACGUGACGUCAUCAAUCAUUAGCGUCAUGCAUGUUCGUUGGAAGUCGCGUGCAAUUUCAAGGGUCGACACAUGUUGA